AUGGAGGGUCUGGCCUGGCCUGGGAAUGUAGCUGGGAUGGAGAAGGCCAGCGCCCCCGCUGCUCCCCUCAACGCGUCUGGAAACGACAGCAGAGGGCAGCCAGGGGCGGCCCCACACUCCCCCCUGGCCUCGGCGCUCAUCCUGCUGGCUGUGCUCUCCAUCAUCCUGGCCACGCUGCUGGGCAACGUGCUGGUGGUGGUGGCUGUCUUCACCAGCCGGGCCCUCAAGGCCCCGCAGAACCUCUUCCUGGUGUCCCUGGCUUCAGCCGACAUCCUCGUGGCCACCCUCAUCAUCCCCUUCUCCUUGGCCAAUGAGCUGCUGGGCUCCUGGGGCUUCGGCAGCCUCUGGUGCAGCCUCUACCUGGCGCUGGACGUGCUCUUCUGCACCUCCUCCAUCCUGCACCUGUGUGCCAUCAGCCUGGACCGCUACUGGGCCGUCACCAGGGCCACCAGGUUCAACCUCCAGAGGAGCCCCGGGAGAGUCAAGGUCACGAUCGGUGCCGUGUGGGCCAUCGCUGGCCUGGUCUCCGUGCCGGCCCUGUUCACGGCCCAGCCGCAGGCCAGGGAAUGCCUGCUGAACAACAAUACUUGGUACGUGCUGGCCUCCUGCACUGCCUCCUUCUUCGCCCCCUGCCUCAUCAUGCUUGCUGUGUACUGCAGGAUUUAUCGCAUCACCAAGCACAGGUGCUCCGGCAUCGUCUCUGCCAGGCCUGGCAUGGCCCAGCGCCCCUCCCGCGCCAGCUCCUGCUUGCCCACUGCCACCUGGAGCUGUGCAGAGCAGGACACAGGCACAGAGCAGGGCGGCCAGUGUGCCCACAAACUGGGGUCAGCUUGUCUCUGCAGGCAGUGGCCAGAGGAGAACAACGGCGCCAGUGCCAGCCCGAGAAGGCUCAGGAGGCCUUCCUGGGCACUGGCUCGAGGCCCCCAGCGGUGGAGUGAGCAGCAGAGCAUGUCCAGCUCCAGGAGACGGCUGGUGCAGGCGCGGGAGCGCAGGUUCACCUUUGUCCUGGCCGUGGUGAUCAGUGCCUUUGUCCUGUGCUGGUUCCCCUUCUUCUUCACCUACAGCCUGGAGUCGCUGUGCGGGGACCGCUGCCGCAUCUCCAAGCGCCUCUUCAGCUUCUUCUUCUGGAUUGGCUACUGCAACAGCUGCCUCAACCCAGUCAUCUACACCGUCUUCAACAGGGACUUCCGCAGAGCCUUCCGCAGGCUCCUCUCCAAGGCCCCGCGCUGCCACCGUCCUGGGCUGGACCCUGGCACUGCUCCCCCGCUAGGCCAGACCCCAGCAAGGCCCCUGCGCCACUGUCCCCUGCUGGGCUGA